CCACCCUGUAUAUAAUUACAAAGUGCCGCGAAGUGCCUCAAAAUAGUCAAAAAGUAGAAGGAAAGGGCCUUCCUGAGCUGCUCAGAACAGCAAUUUUUUAUAAGAAAUAAAUCAAUCUUUUACACUUAAAAAUAAUACAAAUUUGAAAGACGAUGACUUCUAAUGAAAAUGAUGAACUGGAUCCGGAUUAUAGAAGAAAUCCCAUAAAUCCGGUGCAAGUUACAGACUCAACAGAUCAAACUAAAAGUCCAAAAAAAAAGAUACUUAUAGAGGUAGAUGAAGAUGAUCCAUGUUUGAAAAGAGAAGAAGUAGAAGAAAAACCAAAAGAGCCAGAAUUUUUUUUUACUGGCGACGAUCCAAGAUUUCAACAACAGAACCAAACGUUACGUUGUUAUGUAAUGUAUACAGAUUUCUAUCGGUGUGAACAUAUUUUAGGGGCAGGAUCAAAUGCAUGCAGUUGGUUUAAACAAGUUUUCACGACAAUAUGCCCAAACGAAUGGAUUCGUAGGAUGGACGAUCUUCGAGUUGCUAACAAAUUACCUUGGCAUGGAUAUAAAAAGCAAGGAAAUUUUCCGGGUGAUAAAUAUGGAGUUUAAACAAGAUCG